UACCUCGCGUGUUUAACCAAAUUAUUUUCACGUGUUAGUGUUUAUUUAUAAUUAAAAUUGAAUAUAAAAAUUAUUUAUAAUUUUAUUUAUAGUAAAUGAUAAAAUAAUAAAUUUAUUUUUCAAUAAAAUUAAUAAUGGUGGUAAAAAAAGUUGAAAAAAAUUCAGAAUUAGAAUUUACUGAUAAUUAUGAAAAAAUGAAGGUUAAGAAAUCAAAGAAAAGAAAAUGUGAUCAAGAAUUUAUUGAAGAUAAAUAUGAAGAAAUAAGAGAAAAAAUAAAUGAAAAUGAAGGUAAUAAACGAAUUAGAUAUCUUUUACCAUUGAAAACUAAAGAUGGAUCUAUUAAGAAACAAGUUAUUGAGGAAGAAAUUGAAGAUGAAGAAGAAGAACAACAAAAUUUAAGUGAAAAUGAUAACAACGAUAAUGAAGUUGAAAAUGACAGUGAUAAUGAAUUUAUUGAAAGUUUCAAAAUGAAAAAACAAAAUGUUAAAACUAAAAAAGAAAUGACAGAUAUUGAGCUUAUGGCCCACAGAAGUAGAUUAUUGAAUGAACGAAGAAUAAAAAUUGGACUAACAGCCAGUAGUAUUUUAGAAAAUCCUGAAUUAAAAAUUAAUAAUUUUACGAUUCUCUUGGAUUUUAUGGAAGAGAAAACUCCCGGUAUUGAUAUUACUAUAAAAAAACUUGCAACAGUUUCAUUGCUUGAAGUUUUUAAAGACAUAUUGCCGUCUUACCAUCUUCAUCAACUCAAACAAGAAGGAGUAAAACAUAAAAAGGAAACAUUUCAGUUACAAAAUUAUGAGGCUUCAUUAUUAAGAAAUUAUAAAAAUUAUCUACAAAAAUUAGAAAAGUUGGCUGAAAAAUUAAGAAAAAAAAAAGGCGAUACUAGAAUUGUUGCUGAACCGGAAAUGCAACUUGGAGAACUUGCUAUUACAUGCAUGUGUGAUUUAUUAUCUUCAAAUCCAUACUUCAAUUACUCAUCUAAUAUUGCAAACUUUUUAAUUCCUUAUUUAAAUAACAAACGUCAAAAUGUAAGAGAAAUAAUUGCUAAAUGUUUUUCUCAACUAUUUAAAGAAGAUAAAAAAGCCGAAUUAACAUUAACGAUUGUACGUAAAUUAAAUCAAUUUAUAAAAUCAAAAGAAUAUUCAUUACAUACUGAAGCAUUGUCAGUACUUUUGUCAUUAAGAAUUAGAAAUGUUAAUUUGGACAAAGAACGUGACGAUGAAUUGAAACAGAAAAAGUUAAUGAGCCAUAAACAAAGAAUUCUUGCUUUAAGUAAACGUGAACGUAAAAAGAAUAAAAAAUUAGAAGAAGUUGAAAAAGAGUUGCUUGAAACAAAAGCUGAAGAAAAUAAAGCUCAAGCUCACAAAAUCUUAACUGAAAUUACGACAAUUGUUUUUACAAUUUAUUUCCGAGUUAUAAAGAAUGCUCCUAAUUCUAAAAUUUUAUCUGCUUGUUUAGAAGGAUUGGCCAAAUUUGCUCACUGCAUAAAUUUAGAUUUUUAUCAAGAUUUAGUUAAUGCCAUCAACAAAUUAUUAGCAGAAGGAAAUUUAGGACAACGAGAACAGUUACAUUGUAUUCAGACAGUAUUUACAAUUCUAUCUGGACACGGGUCAUCAUUAACUAUUGAUCCUCACAGAUUUUAUUCACAUCUGUAUAAAAUUUUACCCAACAUUGAUUUGGGGCGUAAUCAAGAAAACUGCGAGAUUGUUAUUCAAUGCCUCACUCAAGCUUUGAUAAAUCGUAGAAGAAGAGUGACUCAAGCACGUCUGGUGUCAUUUAUUAAACGAAUAUCGAUGAUUACACUACAGUUACAACAUCAUGGAUCUCUGGGCCUACUUGGAAUUGUAAAAAAAUUAUUUCAAUUAUGUAAAACUGCAGAAAUUUUAUUAGACACUGAUAACAAUGUUGGAGAUGGAACUUAUCAACCAGAAUUAGAUGAUCCGGAGUAUUGUAAUGCACAUCGUGCGGCUUUAUGGGAAUUGAUCGCAUUGCAGAGACAUUAUCAUUGCAUCGUUCAAAGGAUGGCAAAAAAUAUAACAUAUAAUGUUCCAACUACUGGAGAAGGAUCUUUAAAUCCAGAAAUAGCUAAAUUAUCACCUGAAGAACUUUAUUCUCAAUAUGAUCCGUCAGAAGUGGUUUUCAAUCCUGCCGUUCAAAUUCCUAAAAAACACACUGCUAAAACUUCUGUUACUUUUAGUGGACAUUUUAUUGAUGGAAAAUUCGAUGAUUAUGUUCAAGAAAUGAAAGACAAACGUUUAUCUACCAUAGAAAGCUUAGAUUUUUACAAAGCAAUUAAAACAAAAUAA